ACCAAGAAAACAUAUCCAUCGCUCGCGUCGCCGCGCCUCCAAUUCUCCAACCUCGAGGGAGCAGGCGACCAAGUCUGAUCGGUAAAUAUAUAACCAUGGCGGAGAGGAAGAAGAGUAGCGGCAGCAGCGCGUCGUCGCCCGGCGCCUCGCCGUGCUAUGACGACGAGGGCGAGACGAAGGUGCCCAGAGGGCACGUCCCGAUGGUCACCGGCUGCGGCGAGCGCGUGGUGGUGCCGGUAAGGCUUCUCGCCGACCCCUGCGUCGCGGAGCUGCUGGAGACGGCGGCGCAGCUAUACGGGUACGGUCAGCCGGGCGUUCUGCGGAUCCCCUGCGACGCCGGGCAUUUCCGUCGGGUCGUCGACUGCGCGCUGCAGAGAGCCGGCUAGCUAAGCAGUGGCCUUUGGCCUGGCGCGCGCCCUGACGAGAAUACAUGUAGUCAUGUAGACCUAUACAGUUACUGUAUUACAGUACAGUGUAGAUGAGCUUAAUUGGACAUGUAGUCACUUCUUUCAUUGAUCAAUUCUUUGAUGAAUAUACGAGGGAGAUCCAAAUUUCUUGAAAAUGGUCAUGCUAGUGUGUAAGAA